AAUGUUUUUCUCCCGCCUGGUCGGCCUUGCCGCCACGGCCGUCUCGGUCGCCACUGCUGUCGACCUGACUGGCUACGAAUAUGUCGUCGUCGGCUCUGGUGCCGGCGGUGGCCCCGUCGCUGCCCGCCUUGCCAUGGCCGGCCACAAGACCCUGCUGCUUGAGGCUGGUGACGACCAGGGCGCCAACGUCAACUACACCAUCCCGGCCUACUCUGCCAGAUCCUCCGAGGAUGAGGCCCUCGCCUGGAACUUCUUUGUCCGCCACUAUAAGGACGACGCCCGCCAGGCCCGCGACUUCAAGACCAGCUACGAGACCCCUGAUGGCAGCAUCUACACGGGCCUCAGCCCGCCUGCGGGCUCCAAGAUGCUCGGCACGCUCUACCCGCGUACCGGCACUCUCGGUGGCUGCACCGCCCACAACGCCCUCAUUGCCGUGUACCCCCACCGCUCCGACUUUGAGUACAUCCGCCAGGUGACCGGCGACGACUCGUGGGCCGCCGACAAGAUGCGCUCGUACUUCACCAAGAUGGAGAAGAACCAGUACCUCCUGCCCCUGAUCCCCGGCCAGGGCUACAAGGGCUGGCUCCAGACCGAGACGGCUCCCCUGACCAUCCCGCUCGGCGACCCUUCGCUCCUCAGCGUCCUCACUGGCGGUGCCUUUGCCCUUGGCAACCUCACCCAGAACAUCUUCAACCUCGCCACCCUGCUCGCCGGCAACGCCAAUGCCGACAGCGAGGCCCGUGACACCAAGCCCGGCUUCUACCAGAUCCCCCUCUCCACCAACGAUGGCCACCGUGUCGGCUCCCGCGAGUUCGUCCUCGCUGUCGCCAACGCUGUCAAGGCCGACGGGUCCAAGAUGUACCCGCUUGACCUCAAGAUGAACACCCACGUCACCAAGAUCACCUUUGACCAGACCGUCACUCCUCCCCGUGCCACCGGCGUCGAGUUCCUCGAGGGCUCGUACCUCUACCGCGCCAGCCCCCGCUCCCGCAACGCCGGCGCCGGUGUUGCUGGCACUGCCACUGCCUCGCGCGAAGUCAUUGUUGCCGGUGGUGUCUACAACUCUCCCCAGCUCCUCAAGCUGAGCGGUGUCGGCCCUGCCGCCGAGCUCAAGUCUUUCGGCAUCCCCGUCAUCUCCGACCUGCCCGGCGUCGGCACCAACCUCCAGGACCACUACGAGAUCUCUGUCCAGGCCCGCGCCAACAAGGACUUUUCCGCCCUGAAUGGCUGCACCUUCGGCCAGCGUGGCGACACCAUCGGCACUGGUGAGGACCCUUGCCUCGACCGCUGGAACAAGCCCGUCCUCGGCGACCGUGGCAUCUACUCGUCUUCUGGUCUGGCCGCCACCAUGUUCUACAAGUCGUCCACCUCGCCCAAGGACUUUGACAUCUUCGCCUUCGGCGGCCCCGUCAGCUUCCGCGGCUACUACCCCGGCUACGCCAACGACGCCACCCGCGACCACGACAUCUUCUCCUGGGCCAUCCUCAAGGCGCACCCCCGCAACAACGCCGGCUCCGUCCUCCUCCGCUCCGCCGACCCUCUCGACGUCCCCGAGAUCACAUUCAACUACUUUGACACUGGCUCCAGCGCCUCCGGUGCCGAAGACGACCUGACUGCCAUGGCCGAGGCCGUCAAGCUCACCCGUGACGCCUUCAAGCGCCAGCUCGUGCCCACCACUGAGAUCCUCCCCGGCGCCAAGGUCAAGUCGGACAAGGAAAUCAAGACCUACAUCAAGGACGCCACCUGGGGCCACCAUGCCUCGUCCACCUGCCCCAUCGGCGCCGACAACGACCCCAUGGCCGUCCUCGACUCUAGCUUCCGCGUCCGCGGUGUCGCUGGCCUCCGUGUCGUCGACGCGUCCGUCUACCCCCGCAUCCCCGGCACCUUCACCGCCGUCUCCACCUACAUGGUCGGCGAGAAGGCCGCUGAUGUCAUCCUCGCCGGUCUCAAGGCUUAAGCGUGGGGUCUGUCUCUUUUGAAGUUUCGUGGAUACGAAGGAAGCAUGAUGGGAAUGAGGAUGGAAGUAUUUAGAUACCCGUGCGAAAGCUCAAAUACGUCCCAAAAGCGCACAAGUAUGAUCACGUAGUGUAGCAAUGAAGACUUUUUACAUGUUGAA